GCAGGGGGGGCCUCAGGGAAGGGGGGCCUCGUCGUCAUUGGCUACGGUGUCGGCGUCCGCGCCGCUGGCGUCUGCAUCGGCGGCUCUGGUGGGCGACAGCGUGAUGACGCAGUAUGGCCCGGCCAACGUGAUCUACCUGACGGUGAACGAGAGCAGCCCGGCGAGCCUUCUUCUGCAGCUGUGUGAGCUGCUGGCCACCACGCCGCUCCAGGGCCUGGUGUUCGAGGAGGAGAGGCCCCCGCCACACAACCAGGCUCCCCUGGCCCCCAUGAUGGAGUUUGUCUCGGCCCAGACCGGAGUGCCCGUUGUGGCCGUGGGAGGAGGGGCCGGCCUGGGCAGGGAGCCACAGGAGAGCGGCUCCAUCUACCUCCAGUUCACCUGCUCCACAGCCAUGCAGCUGGACGUGAUCUUCGAGGUGCUGGAGGAGUUCGACUGGACCUCCUUUUCCGUGGUGGCUACGCGUCACCACGGCUACGAGGACUUCCUGGCCAUGGUGGAGGGCCUGACGGACGGAUCCUUCAUCGGCUGGGAGAAGAAGGGAGUGGUCAUGCUCAACGUCACCGACGACCCGGGAGGGACGCGCACACGCAGGCUGCUCAAGGAGAACGAGGCGCAGUCGGUGCGUCUCCUUACUGCUCCCAGGAGGAGGGCCGCACUGAUCUUCAAGGCGGCCUGGGCCUCGGGUCAGGCCGGACACUCCCACAUGUGGUUCGCCGUGGGCCAGCCCUGUCCGGCCUUGGCUGAGGGCCUCCCCAAGGCCCUGUUCGCAGUGCGGCCGCAGGCGUAGGACGAGCCCCGCAGGAGGAUCGCCAAAGGGGUGUCUGUGCUGACCCACGGAGCCAUGGCUUUGAGGAAGGAGUACGGCUGGGCCCGAGGGCCACACUACUUCGCAGGCAACUGCCAGACAGAUGGCAACCAGACGCAGAGGUGCCAGACAGGAUCAGUGAGGAGAGCGGGGUUUUUCAGUAACAUUACGCUGAGUGGCCGGGACUACUCGUUCAACAGUGACGGCUACCUGUCCAAUCCAGUGCUGGAUGUGAUUUCCUACUCCGAGGGGAAAGGCUGGGAGGAGGUUGGCACGUGGCAGAACGGUUCUGGAUCUCAUUAUCCAGCCCUUUUCACGCUACGGCUCCUUCCUCAAGCCGCUGGAUGACACCAGCACCUCAAGGUGGUCACCCUGGAGGAAGGGCCCGUUGUCAUUAUGGAGCCAGCUGACCCAGGCACCAACUCCUGCAUCCGGGACUCGGUGCCCUGCAGACUACCGCUCAACACCACCAAUGUGCCGGUGGAUGAGAAAUCAUCGAAGCACUGCUGCAAAGGCUUCUGCAUUGACGUCCUCAAGCGAUUGGCCAAAAUAGUGGGCUUCUCCUAUGACCUCUACCUGGUGACCAAUGGGCAAAAAGACACGGGAAGAGGGGGAGUGAUGGGCGAAGUGGUUUAUAAACGGGCCGACAUGGCCAUUGGCUCCCUGACCGUCAACAAGGAGAGGUCAGAGGCUGUGGAGUUCUCCGUGCCCUUCGUGGAGACGGGCAUCAGCGUCAUGGUCUCCCGUAGCAACGGCACCGUCUCGCCGUCGGCCUUCCUUGAGCCGUACAGCCCAGCUGUGUGGGUGAUGAUGUUCGUCAUGUGCCUGUCCGUGGUCGCCGUCACAGUCUUUAUUUUCGAGUUCUUCAGCCCUGUUGGCUACAACCGCAGCCUGCAAAGUGCAAAGAAGACAGGGGGCUCUAAAUUCACCAUAGGGAAGUCUAUCUGGCUGCUGUGGGCUCUGGUCUUCAAUAACUCAGUGCCUGUGGAGAACCCCAGAGGAACCACUAGUAAGAUCAUGGUGCUGGUGUGGGCCUUCUUCGCUGUCAUCUUCCUGGCCUCCUACACGGCCAACCUGGCAGCCUUCAUGAUCCAGGAGGAGUACAUCGACACGGUGUCUGGCCUCAGCGACAAGAAGUUCCAGCAGCCCACUGAGCAGUACCCCCCGCUCCGAUUUGGCACCGUCCCCAACGGGAGCACGGAGGAGAACAUCCGCAGCAACUACGCCAACAUGCACAACUUCAUGAUNGAGGAGAACAUCCGCAGCAACUACGCCAACAUGCACAACUUCAUGAUCCGCAACAACCAGAAAGGCGUGGAGGAGGCCAUCGACAACCUCAAGACUGGUAAACUAGAUGCCUUCAUCUAUGAUGCGGCUGUGCUAAACUACAUGGCGCGGAAGGACGAGGGCUGUAAGGUGAUGACCAUUGGCUCGGGCAAGGUGUUCGCCACCACGGGUUAUGGCAUCGCCCUGCAUAAGAACACCCGCUGGAAACGCCCCGUGGACUUGGCCCUACUGCAGCUGGUUGGAGACGACGAGAUCGACAUGCUUGAGCGCCUGUGGCUCUCUGGGAUCUGUCACAACGACAAGAUUGAGGUGAUGAGCUCCAAGUUGGACAUCGACAACAUGGCGGGCGUCUUCUACAUGCUGCUGGUGGCCAUGGGGCUCAGUCUGCUGGUGUUCUCCUGGGAGCACCUGGUGUACUGGAAGAUCAGGCAAUGCCUGGGCCACUCCGGGGGCAUGGACUUCCUACUGGCCCUCAGCAGGGGUAUGUACAGUUGCUGCAAGUUUAAAGAUGAAACCAUCUCUGGAGGCCUAAAAAACACACUUCCCCUAUAUCAUAGUGUUCCCACAAUGCCGCCUCCACCCCAAUCCCACAUCUCAGCGGCUGUAACCUGUAACACUACCCUUGCUAUGGUGCAGCAGCAGCAGAUGCAUCAGCAGCAGCAGCAGCAACAGCAAGCAUACAGCAUGCUUCCUGCUGCAUCUCCUCCGACUACUGGGCACUCUGCAAUGGCCAUUGGGCCAUCAAACAGUCCCCUUAUGGAGGGUCCUAUGCCGUGCUCCACGUUUCUGCCUCGUCAUGACCGCAGAUUGGCUGUGGUAGACCGCUGGAACCGYCCCAAGCCCAGCACGGACAARCCKAUUGGUGGCAGCGGUGGGAUCCCAGACAUGGCACAGUUUCAACAGGGCUUGCCCCCUCAUUGGGCUGGGGGAGCCRGUGGAGGGGACGGKRGYCUGGAUGAAUACAARCGAUACUAUGGCCCGAUCGAUCCAGAGGGCUUAGGGGCAAAUGCUGACCCACAAACAGGUGGCUCUCAAACCCCCAAAAYKAACCAGAGGGGRACAAAGUCCUCAGGAAUGCCWMGRCUACCUUCUAAAGGACCGCCCCCUKGGCACUUMAUGUCCAAGCCCCCUCUACCGCUCCCCUCAUCCCCACAUCSRCCGCYAUUUUGGAGAAGAGGCAGCCUCCCKAAAAGAAAGGGCUCCGGGGGGCCUCUGUAUGAGAACAUCCUCCCCYUGGGGAGAAGAGGGGGAGGGCGGUACGGMGCAAGGGAUGGAGGUGGCAGGCGARGCCGUYGCCCUCCCCCACUCCCWUUGCCUGUCCCUGUCKCGUCCCCUGCCCWCACUACYCCUACCACUCCYUCUCAYUCCGYCCUCUACACCUCSAGCUCCUGCUCCUCCACCUCAUCMAGUUCAUCCUCGUCCUCAUCCUCCGUCUCCCUCUCACGGUCCAACUCACCCUCAUCCUCCACCAUCACAUACACAUCGUCCCAGAGUUUUAAGUACAGGGCUGGCAGUAGGGAUGUCGAGGACGUUUAUGACUCUGAUGAGCUGAUAGAGGAGUCUAGCCUCCUGCUAGGACGGAGAAAGGGCAAAUCCCGACGCAUGUCCUCUCGCUCACUGCCUUGCAGUCCACCCCCUCCGCCUGUACCACCCCGCAAGCCUCGUCUACAGUAUGAGAGAGAGAGGGCUGGGAGCCAGCUAGCCCAGCUGCAGGAGUGGUGGACCUCCUGGGGUGAGAGAGAAAGACUUAGAGGAACAGGAACCAGGGCCGAGGGGAAGGAGGAGAAACGGCAUCACAAAGACAGAGAAAGGGAGAGAAAGAGAAGGAAGAAAGGCCGGAAGAAAAAAAAGAGAGAGGAGAAGGAGAGAGAGCGGGAGCGCAAGCGGCAUAAAGUGAAGAAGAAGAAGAAGAAAGAGGAGAAGGUGAAGAGAAGAGAUCGGGGCAAGCGAUCAGAGCACGAGGAGGGAGGUGGUGAACAGAGAGGGCAGCUCAAAGCGAUAACGCAAGAGGCCUACUCCUCCUACCCGGCUCUGAGGCGUGACUCUAUGAGGAAAAAGAGUGAAGGUUCUAUCAGAAGUUACGGAUGGGAUAUUCCAAGGGAUGAAGASAGGAGAGAKAGMGAGGAYAAGGAAAKAGAUGAUGGAGASGACACUAGAGGCAAGGAAAGRMACAGAAGUCCUYACUCUCGCCACAGGCAUGCAGRUAGGCCUUCCAGUUCCAGCAAGCAGUACCAGAGCYCCAGWAAACCCUCAACCKCUGUCAAAUUCUGGGGAGCRGGAAACCCAUCSUCAGAGAYUCCUUCAUCUGCAUUUCURCCACUGAUCCCYYUCUCRUCCAGGCGCAGGAGUAAGGGUUCAGAUAGAGAGGCCCUAGGGAAAGAAGGGGAGAMGCGCCCCCUGUUGGGCAGGAACGARARAGUGGAGGUUCACUSCAAAGAAGGUYUGUCGUUUCAUGAGUGGGAUUCCGAAGAUGAUGAUGAAGAUUCCGAGGAGGAACGGAGAAAAGUGGAGCAAGAGAAGAGACACAAGAGAAGACGAAGGACCGCAUCAGAGUCCGAAAGGGAAMGYGAUAAGRUGGUGGGCAUCUACUCMGACGACGACGGCUCCUCGGGAGAAUUYGGAAAGUUCGAAAGGUACUGGGAKGGUCAUGAGGGUAGRGCGGUUGGGGGMAUAGGAGGGGGAGGUUGGUUUUUCGGCACUUAUCCCGCCAGAGAAAAAGCCGGCAGCAUAAACAGUAGGGAUGGCUCGUUAUUGGGCCGUGGGGAGGGAUGGGGCGGAGCAGGGGGAGCAGGGGAAGGUGGCUGGGGAUCAGGUGAAGCCUGGGGUUCAAGGAGGAUAGGUGGUACACAGUGGCCUCCACCUCCAUUGACACCACCAGCUCCUCGAAGAUACUGGUCCGUGGACAAGCUUCCCGUGAAGGAGGAGAAGAAAGAGAAACGGAAGGACAAGGACAAAGGGCGAGGUGAUGUGGCUUGCAACUGCCAAUCUGCCCUCGAGCAUCAACACGCUCACUCUAAAUGGGCCAAGGUGAGCUCUCGUAGCCAGGAGGAGCUAUUUCUACACUGUCAACGUUUCGGGAGCAGCGCCAAUUCCAAACGGCAUUCCUUCAAACCCGACCGGACCCAGAAUCAACCCAAAUCGGGAAGCCAGUCCAACCUCAGCAUCCAGCGAACACAGCGGACGGACCGCAUUCGGCAGUCCUCUACAUCGCAAGCCCUCAUCCCCUCCCUCCCUCCACCAACACUCCCAGCCCUUCCUGCCCCUCCUUCUGCAUCCCAUCCCAUCCACGUCCCUCUUCCCACCUCGUCCUCUUCGGUCUCAUCUCCCUCUGUAGUAUCCUCCACCCCAGGCGCCCCCCAGCCGUCUUCUAUGGCUUCUGCUAGUGCCAAACUCCUGUACCAGAGACUGCGCUCAGUGCCCCAGCCCCAAAGGUUACAGUCACCUCACCUGCCCCUCAAGGCCAAGAGCCUCUGCUCACGGAGGGGGUCCGCACACUUCUCCAGUGUGGAGAGCGAGGUGUGA